AUGUCAGAAACAGUACCUAUUCCUGAGCCCCCUGGGCUGCCUUUCUUGGGCAACAUCAACGAGAUUGACCAGGAAUUCCCCCUGGGAUCCAUGAUAUCUCUCGCUGACCAGUAUGGUGAGAUCUACCGAUUGAGAUUUCCUGGGCGGUCCGUCGUUAUGGUUUCGACCCGUGCGCUAGUGAAUGAGACGUGCGAUGAAAAGCGGUUCAAGAAGUCCGUAAACCAGGCCUUGAGCGAAAUCCGAAAUGGGGUGCACGACGGACUUUUUACGGCAAGAAUGGGCGAGGAGAACUGGGGCAUUGCCCAUCGCGUACUCAUGCCCGCCUUCGGCCCUCUGUCAAUUCGUGGCAUGUUUGAUGAAAUGCACGACAUCGCAAGUCAAUUAGCAUUGAAGUGGGCGCGUUACGGGCCAGAGUCACAGAUCACAGUGACCGAUGACUUCACGCGGUUAGCACUCGACACACUAGCCCUGUGCUCAAUGGGUUACCGAUUCAACAGCUAUUAUUCGCCUGUUCUCCACCCUUUCAUUGAGGCCAUGGGUGAUUUCCUGGUCGAGGCCGGCAAUAAGUCUCGACGUUUGCCGCUGCCUUCAGUUUUCUACAGCGCAAAAGACCAAAAGUUCGCCGACGACAUCGAGACUCUGAGAAGCACAGCGAGAGAGGUUCUGGAGUCAAGGAAGGCUGGCAAGAAUGACCGUCGCGAUCUGCUUACGGCCAUGCUUGAAGGCGUCGACUCAAAAACAGGGAAAAAGAUGACAGAUGAAAGCAUUAUGGACAACCUCAUCACUUUCCUCAUCGCAGGACAUGAGACGACAUCAGGAUUGCUAUCCUUCGCAUUUUACCAAUUGCUCAAACACCCGGAGGCGUAUCAGAAAGCGCAACAGGAGGUAGACGCCGCUGUUGGAAAGGGGCAGAUAAAGGUUGAGCACCUCUCGAAGCUGCCUUACCUCAAUGGUGUACUCCGCGAGACCCUACGCGUCAACGCAACAAUCCCCCUCUUCACAGUUGAAGCUUUUGAGGACACUGUACUGGCAGGAAAGUAUCCUGUCAAGGAGGGUGAGACUAUUAUCAACUUACUUGCUAAAUCCCACCUUGACCCUAUGGUCUUUGGCGAGGACGCUAACGAAUUCAAACCUGAGCGCAUGAUGGACGAGAACUUCAACCGCAUCACUAAAGAGUUCCCCAACUGCUGGAAGCCUUUUGGUAACGGCAUGAGAGCCUGCAUCGGUCGCCCGUUUGCAUGGCAAGAGGCCCUCCUCGUCAUGACGAUGUUGCUCCAGAACUUCAACUUUGUCCUGGAUCCGAACUACCAAUUCGGCAUCAAGCAGACCCUCACAAUCAAGCCCAAGGACAUGCAUAUGCGUGCCAUUCUCCGUGAUGGCCUGACGCCCACCACCCUUGAGCGUCGCCUCGCUGGCCUCGCCGAGCCGGAAAAGACGCCUGGGCAGAUCAAGAGCAACGGAGCCUCUGAGAGUGACGGUGGGAUGCCGUUAACAAUUCUUUAUGGCUCUAAUAGCGGUACCUGUGAGGCUCUCGCACAGCGUGUCGCUUCGGAUGCGGCGUCUCACGGUUUCCGUGCGACUAAGAUCGAUUGUUUGGACAGCGCUAAUGGCAGUCUGCCGACCAAUCAGCCCGUUGUCAUCAUCACAGCAUCCUACGAGGGUCAGCCCCCUGACAAUGCUGGGCACUUCGUAGCAUGGAUCGAAGGCCAGGACAAGGCCAAGGCACCGCUCAAAGAUGUGUCAUACGCCGUCUUCGGUUGUGGUCACAAGGACUGGGUUCAAACCUUCCAUCGCAUCCCCAAGCUAGUCGAUACAACCCUCCAGCAGCUUGGCGCAAACCGACUUGCUGAUCUUGGCCUCACAGACGCGUCGACUGGGGAGGUUUUUACGAACUUUGAGUCCUGGGAGGAUGAAGUGCUCUGGCCUGCGCUGACAAGCAAGUACAAAACUACCGCCGCUGAAGACAGCAAGUCCAAGGGUGUGGAUGUUGCCAUUAGCAACCCAAGAACCUCGACUCUUCGCCAGGAUGUCAGGGAGGCCACAGUCACUAAGACUGCGACGCUCACCAAGGGUGGCGAUCCCAAGAGCAUCAAGAAACACAUUCAAAUCAAGAUUCCAGACGAUAUGGCAUACACCGCAGGAGACUACCUUGCCGUUCUCCCGAUUAAUCCCAAGGAGAGCGUGCAUCGCGCCAUGCGAAGAUUUCAUUUGGCCCGCGAUGCUCAUCUUAGCAUCAAGACCGAUGGUCCUACGUCCCUCCCAAUCGAUAGCUCGGUCCCCGCCAACGAUCUUUUGGGCUCCUAUGUUGAACUCUCACAGCCUGCUACAAGAAGAAACAUGCUCGCUCUUGCCGAGUACGCCAAAGAUGAGGACACCAAGGCUGAGCUGAGUCGACUUGCGGGCGAUGCCUAUGCCGACGAGAUCAGCGGAAAACGGGUCUCUGUUCUUGACUUGCUUGAACGCCACCCCUCUAUCGAUUUGCCUAUUGGUGUGUUUUUGUCAAUGAUGCCGCCAAUGCGUGUUAGACAAUACUCCAUCUCCUCUUCACCGAUGGCAAACCCCAACUACGUCACCCUCACCUUCUCUGUCCUUAACGAGCCCUCACUUUCAGGACAAGGCCCUUACAUUGGUGUUGCCUCAUCCUACCUUGACUCCCUUGAUGAAGGCGAUUCGCUUCAUGUCGCCAUCCGCCCGUCACAUGCUGCCUUCAGCCUUCCCACUGAUGCCGAACGGACGCCUAUGAUCUGUGUGGCUGCCGGCACCGGCCUUGCUCCUUUCCGCGGCUUCAUCCAAGAACGCGCCACUAUGCUCGAGGCAGGCCGAACCCUCGCGCCCGCCUUGCUUUUCUUUGGCUGCCGCUCGCCCGACCACGAUGACCUGUACCGUGAGGAGUUCGACAAGUGGGAAGCUCUUGGCGCCGUUUCAGUACGCCGUGCUUAUAGUCGCGAUUGCGAUAAGAGCGAGGGCUGCAAGCACGUCCAGGACCGGAUGUGGCAUGACCGCGAGGAACUUGUUGCACUGUGGAAGCAGGGUGCCAAGGCUUACGUUUGCGGCUCUCGAGGUGUCGCCGAGUCAGCCAAGGAGACGAUCAUCAAGAUUAAGGUCGAGAUGGAGAAGGCCAAGGGUGAAGAUACAGAUGAAACCAACGUCAAAAACUGGUUCGAGUCUUUAAGGAACAUCCGUUACGUUACGGAUGUCUUUGAUUGA